UUUUCCGGUCUGACUGUGGUGAAAUAGCUUCGGUUUGAAACAUCGAGGUUAAAAUCCAUUAAAAUCCUGCAAAAUGAAGGUCUACAAAGAUAUCAUGACAGGUAAUGAAAUGAUUUCGGAUUCCUUCAAGAUCACCAUGCAUGAACCAGUGAGAGGCAUGAUGACAGUAAAGGGUAAAAUGAAAAAGGAAGAUGGCGUCCCAGAUAUUGAUAUUGGUGCAAAUGCUUCCAAGGAAGAAGAAAGCGAACAACUUCAGGAAGCAGAAGGACAAUUGGGCGUUGAUGUUGUCAUUGAUUUUAGAUUAAAGGAGACUGAAAUGACAAAAAAGGACCUCAAGUUGUUGAUGAAGGAGAAAAUGAAAGGAUUGCUUGCUAAGAAAACGGAGGAAGCAAAGAAGGACGAAACUGUUGACGUCAAUGGUUUCAAAGCAGACUGUCAAAAAAUGGUAGAAUGGGCAUUGAAAAAUUUUGAAGACAUCCAACUUUAUAUAGGUGAAGAUUACGAUGAGGACUGCAUGCCAGUAUUUCUUAUCAACAGAGGAGGAGAGGACAUACAUAUGUAUUAUUUCCAUCAUGCUUUGAUAGAAGAAAAAUAUUAAAGGAAAAGUGCCCUCCAUUGAUGUCCUUUUGGAAUUUGCUGCUGUUAAGAAUUUGUGGAUGAUUGGAUUAAACAUCAUUCUGAAUUGACCUUCACCAUAGUUUUGAAUACCUUGAUCUUCAUGGACAUAGUUGAUCAGAAGAUAUUGACAGACCAUAUUGUGCAUAUGUCGGAGACAUUGAUACUGUUAGUUAAAAGAGCCAAUGGGAGUUGGUAAACUAUGAUAAACAUGUGCUUAUCUGCAAGCCAUACCAUCACCUUGUUGUAGUUAUAUGCUCAACAAAGCCAUUCUAAAAUUUUGAUGUGGACAACGCAUUCAAGGUUGUACAUUUAAAAAAACCUCAUUUACACAUUCUUCCUGCUACUUUGUUGCCAGAUGACACUUUAUUUAUUAUUAGCUUUUCCAUCUGGGAUACAAACAAUAGUCCUAAUUAAAAAUAUUUUCUGUUUCAGUUGACAACCUACAAAUCUUCGACAAAUUGCAUGCUACAUUAAAACACAUUAAAAAGAC